UGGAGUAGGUAGCAGCCGCAGACUGCCGAGCCGAGCGCCCCAGCCCUGGUAGCCCACCCUGCGCGCCCUCCUCAGCCCCCGGUGCGUGUACGCUGGGGCUCUGGGGGGCUGGCCGCUUAGGGAGCGGGCCGCCCGACCCUGACCCGCGCAGUGACCCGGAGCCCCCCGGCCCAGGCGCACACGGAAGUGGCACUGUUGUUGGGUGCUGUGUAUAGCCAGAUAACAGCUACAGUCCCUGCCCUCAUGGGGCUCAAAGACAGUGGAGAAGACACAAUUCUACAGAUGGUCACAGAGCAGGAUUAUAAGUGCUGCUGUAAAGUUGUUUCCAUUUCCUUUGCCUCCUGAUGACUUGGAUUUGAGUCCCAGCUCAGCUCUGAAUGGGUUUUGGAAAGUAGAGAAGAAAAUCCAGUCUGCUUUUUGGGGGGCAUUGGACAGCUGGAUAAAUGCAGUAUUUAAAUAUAAAAGAGGACUGCAAUGCCAUGGCUUUCUGUGCUAAAAUGAGGAGCUCCAAGAAGACUGACGCGAAUCUGGAGGCCCCUGAGCCAGGGGUGGAAGUGCUCUUCUAUCUGUCGGACAGGGAGCCCCUCCGGUUGGGCGGCGGAGAGUACACAGCGGAGGAGCUGUGCAUCAAGGCGGCGCAGGAAUGCUGUAUAUCUCCUCUGUGUCACAACCUCUUUGCCCUGUAUGAUGAGAACACCAAGCUCUGGUAUGCUCCGAAUCGCACCAUCACCGUCGACGACAAGAUGUCACUCCGGCUCCACUACCGGAUGAGGUUCUAUUUCACCAACUGGCACGGGACCAAUGAUAACGAGCAGUCAGUAUGGCGACAUUCUCCAAAGAAGCAGAAGAAUAGCUACGAGAAAAAAAAAGUUCCAGAUGCAACCCCUCUCCUUGACGCCAGCUCAUUGGAGUAUCUGUUUGCUCAGGGACAGUAUGAUUUGGUCAAAUGCCUGGCUCCCAUUCGAGACCCCAAGACGGAGCAGGAUGGGCAUGAUAUUGAGAACGAGUGUCUGGGAAUGGCCGUCCUGGCCAUCUCCCACUAUGCCAUGAUGAAGAAGAUGCAGUUGCCAGAACUUCCCAAGGACAUCAGCUACAAGCGAUAUAUACCAGAAACAUUGAAUAAGUCCAUCAGACAGAGGAACCUUCUCACCAGGAUGCGGAUAAAUAAUGUUUUCAAGGAUUUCCUAAAGGAGUUUAACAACAAGACCAUUUGUGACAGCAGUGUGUCCACACAUGACCUGAAGGUGAAAUACCUGGCUACCUUGGAAACUUUGACAAAACAUUAUGGUGCUGAAAUAUUUGAGACUUCCAUGCUACUGAUUUCAUCAGAAAAUGAGAUGAAUCGGUUCCAUCCGAAUGAUAAUGGAAACAUUCUCUGCUAUGAAGUGAUGGUGACUGGAAAUCUUGGAAUCCAGUGGAGGCAGAAACCAAAUGUUGUUCCUGUUGAAAAGGAAAAAAAUAAACUGAAACGGAAAAAACUGGACAAUAAACACAAGAAGGAUGAGGAGAAAAAUAAAAUCCGGGAAGAGUGGAACAAUUUUUCUUACUUCCCUGAGAUCACUCACAUUGUAAUCAAGGAGUCUGUGGUCAGCAUUAAUAAGCAGGACAACAAAAAAAUGGAACUGAAGCUCUGUUCCCACGAGGAGGCCUUGUCCUUUGUGUCCCUCGUGGACGGCUACUUCCGGCUCACAGCAGAUGCCCAUCAUUACCUCUGCACCGACGUGGCUCCCCCGUUGAUCGUCCACAACAUACAGAAUGGCUGUCACGGUCCAAUCUGCACAGAAUAUGCCAUCAAUAAGUUGCGGCAAGAAGGAAGCGAGGAGGGAAUGUACGUGCUGCGGUGGAGCUGCACCGACUUCGACAACAUCCUCAUGACCGUCACUUGCUUUGAAAAGUCUGAGUUGCUGGGUGUCCAGAAGCAGUUCAAGAACUUUCAGAUUGAGGUGCAGAAGGGCCGCUACAGCCUGCAUGGCUCAGACCGAAGCUUCCCCAGCCUUGGAGACCUCAUGAGCCACCUGAAGAAGCAGAUCCUGCGCACGGACAACAUCAGCUUUGUGCUGAAGCGCUGCUGCCAGCCCAAGCCCCGAGAAAUCUCCAAUCUGCUGGUGGCCACCAAGAAAGCCCAGGAGUGGCAGCCUGUCUACCCCAUGAGCCAGCUGAGUUUUGAUCGGAUCCUCAAGAAAGAUAUUAUGCAGGGCGAGCACCUUGGGAGAGGCACGCGGACACACAUCUACUCUGGGACCCUCAUGGAUUACAAGGAUGACGAAGGAACUUCCGAAGAGAAGAGAAUAAAAGUGAUCCUCAAAGUCUUAGACCCCAGCCACAGGGACAUUUCUCUGGCCUUCUUUGAGGCAGCCAGCAUGAUGAGACAGGUCUCCCAUAAACACAUCGUGUACCUCUAUGGCGUUUGUGUCCGAGACGUGGAGAAUAUCAUGGUGGAAGAGUUUGUGGAGGGAGGGCCCCUGGAUCUCUUCAUGCACCGGAAAAGUGAUGUCCUCACCACACCCUGGAAGUUCAAAGUUGCCAAACAGCUGGCCAGCGCCCUGAGUUACUUGGAGGAUAAAGAUCUGGUCCACGGAAAUGUGUGCACUAAAAACCUCCUCCUGGCCCGCGAGGGCACUGACAGCGAGUGCGGCCCCUUCAUCAAGCUCAGUGACCCCGGCAUCCCCGUCACUGUGCUGUCCAGGCAAGAGUGCAUAGAACGAAUCCCAUGGAUCGCUCCUGAGUGUGUUGAAGACUCCAAGAACCUGAGUGUGGCCGCUGACAAGUGGAGCUUUGGAACCACGCUCUGGGAGAUCUGCUACAAUGGCGAGAUCCCCUUGAAAGACAAGACACUGAUUGAGAAAGAGAGGUUCUAUGAAAGCCGGUGCAGGCCAGUGACCCCGUCUUGUAAGGAGCUAGCUGACCUUAUGACCCGCUGCAUGAACUACGACCCCAACCAGAGACCCUUCUUCCGAGCCAUCAUGAGAGACAUCAAUAAGCUGGAGGAGCAGAAUCCAGACAUCGUAUCAGAAAAAAAGCCAGCAACUGAAGUGGAUCCCACACAUUUUGAAAAGCGGUUCUUAAAGAGGAUCCGUGACUUGGGAGAGGGCCACUUUGGGAAGGUCGAGCUCUGCAGGUAUGACCCUGAGGGGGACAAUACAGGGGAGCAGGUGGCCGUCAAAUCCCUGAAGCCUGAGAGCGGAGGGAACCACAUAGCUGAUCUGAAGAAGGAAAUUGAAAUCUUAAGAAACCUUUAUCAUGAGAACAUUGUGAAGUAUAAAGGCAUCUGCACAGAAGACGGAGGAAACGGUAUUAAGCUCAUCAUGGAAUUUCUGCCUUCAGGAAGUCUUAAGGAGUAUCUUCCAAAGAAUAAGAACAAAAUUAACCUCAAACAGCAGUUAAAAUAUGCCGUUCAGAUUUGUAAGGGGAUGGACUAUUUGGGUUCUCGGCAAUACGUUCACCGUGACUUAGCAGCAAGAAAUGUCCUUGUUGAGAGUGAACACCAAGUGAAAAUUGGGGACUUUGGUCUAACCAAAGCCAUUGAAACUGAUAAGGAGUACUACACAGUCAAGGACGAUCGGGACAGCCCUGUGUUUUGGUAUGCUCCAGAAUGUUUAAUUCAGUGUAAGUUUUAUAUCGCCUCUGAUGUCUGGUCUUUUGGAGUAACUCUGCAUGAGCUGCUUACUUACUGUGAUUCAGAUUCCAGUCCCAUGGCGUUGUUCCUGAAAAUGAUAGGCCCAACUCAUGGCCAGAUGACAGUAACAAGACUUGUGAAUACAUUAAAAGAAGGAAAACGUUUGCCUUGUCCACCUAACUGUCCAGAAGAGGUUUAUCAACUUAUGAGAAAAUGCUGGGAAUUCCAACCAUCCAUUCGGACAACCUUUCAGAACCUUAUUGAGGGAUUUGAAGCGCUUCUAAAAUAAGAAGCAUGAAUAACAUUUAAAUUCUACUGUGUAUCAAGUCCUCCUACCCCCAACCAAUACCCAAGCCAUUUUAAAAAAAAAAGUGUUCUAACUGGAAAAAGUUUGUAUUCUGUCUAAAAAGAUACUGGGGUACGUAUCCUCGUAUAAAGCACACUGUGUGGUGCUUAAUAUGUGUAAGUACUUCCUCUUUAAAUUUGGCACCAGUAACAUAGUGACAAAUAAUGACAACCAAAAUAUUAGAAAGCACUUAAGCACUCCUCCUUUUGGAAAGAAUAUACCACUGUUUCAUCUGGUUAGUUUACUAUCACAAUUGAGUACCAGAAUGGGAUUUUUCAAAACAAGAGGAGCUGACCAAAGUAAAGUCUCAAGAUGAUUGCUUUUUCUUAGCUGCCAGUUGAUGUGAAAUGUUUUUCUGGCACAUAAAUCAAAGAUAAAGAUUGAUGGACUUGGCCAAUACUCUAAUAUGCCCUCAAAUUUCAAUAUCUAAACAGUGAUAGAUGAAACAUUCUUGAAAUAUUACAUACCAGUUAGUAUACUGUUGUUGCUAUACAAAAAGAUGAGUGUAUCCCUGUCAACAGUAGGACAUAAACUUUGAGUUGUUUCUGCAGUGGCUUAGCUCCUGUCCCCUUGGGUGGGUGACCAGCGGAACCCAUUUUUGAGAAAACUGGUCAUACCCAGGGGGGCAGCUGUGGAAUAGAUACUUUGCUGCAUGAUGUUGAUUCUUGAGAACUAAACCUGUGCCAGUGCUUCCCUAAACAGUAUACCUUUAAUCAGAAUUGAUUCCAAGAACCUGGAUGCUGUUAUACCUGCUUUUCAGAAAUGUCAACGUGUAUCCUUUUAUAACUCUACCACUUUGGGGCAAGCUGUGCCAGCAUUGUUUUUUGGAUGCUGAAUGCAUGUAUACCAUGUACAUUGCACUGUUCUUAGUGUUUCAGUACUUACCAUCCAUCUACAAGAGUCGAUCACUAUUUUGACCAUCACCCUAUCGCGCAAAACUUGAAAGACCCAGCUAGAAGCACUGUGGAGUUCAGGAUCCACUAGGCAGUUUUCAGUUUGCUUGGAGGUAGCUGGGUAAUCAAAAAUGUCAAAUCUCUGAUUCAUUGUGAACCAUAAGAUCUUUUUGACCAGGAGUCUGAAAACUUUUUGUUCAUGCUGUCUAGCAUUUGUUUGAUACCAUUAUUUUUCAUCUUUGAGCCUGAAAAAGAGUUGUGUAUUGAUUCAAUGGCAACAGCCAUUCAAAUUUGUCUAGUAACCCUACAUCACCAAGAUCUCUGUCAAACCUGUGGCCACCCUACAUGCACUUUGUUUACUCUUUAUACAAAUAAAUAUACUAGAGACUUCA